UGGGUGACCUCCGCCCUCUGCAGAGACACAGGGGCACAUUGAGGCCUCCCCGGGGGAGCCGCUGCCCGGCCGCAGGGGUUUCAAAGGGAGAAGUGAGUCAGGGCUGCGUCUUCACUGCUGAGUUAGCUCGGAUCUGGGAGCCUGGGCUAGCCGCGCCCACAUGUGACAGUCCACCCUGCUGAGCCCUACUCAGCGGUCACCCCUGCAGCCACAUCCACACCGGCACGGCAGGAACCUGGGUUAGGCGUGAGGGUUUCUGGGGGCCUAUCCCAGGGGUUUUAGCCCUGCAGUGAGCGGCGCUGUUCAAGGAGUUGUUUUGUGGCAUGUUGUGGAAGAUCCCGUCUGUCCUUCCUGGGCCCCCGGGGGGGCGGGGAAGUGUUCUCAAGCCAGUAAACGAAAGCAUUUCCAGCUUGGGACUCUGCAGGUCUCAUGGAACACGGGAUAUAAACACGGAUCCAGUGUAUGUAAACUGGGCAAGGCAGCAGAAGUGAGCAGGCUUGGAGAUUGGAAAGCCAUGCCUCUCUUUGGGAACACAUUCAGUCCAAAGAAAACCCCACCUAGGAAAUCAGCCUCUCUCUCCAACCUGCACUUGCUGGACAGAUCGACCCGUGAAAUUGAGCUGGGCCUGGAAUAUGGCACUCCCAACAUGAACCUCACUGGACAGAAUCUGAAGUUUGAGAAUGGCCAGUGGAUAGCAGAGUCAGGGAGCAGCAGUGGGGACCGCAGGGAGACACAGCGCCUGCGCAAGCGGAACCAGCAGCUGGAGGAAGAGAACAAUCUCCUGCGUCUGAAAGUGGAUAUCCUGCUGGACAUGCUGUCUGAGACCACAGCUGAGUCCCAUCUGAUGGAGAAGGAGCUGGAGGACCUGAAGAGUCACAGCCGGAGGAGGAAGUGAACAGCAGCAAGAAACGGGAUUAGGGGUUGGGCGAGCAAGGGAAUUUGGUUUGAAAUCUCCAUCACCCAUGCAAGCAAGGCUGCUAAAGCUGAAGGGCUCCUAAAGCUUGGCUGGGACAGCUUCAUUGUCUUGAUAGAACAUGGUGAUAUUACAGUCCGCUGGACAAGUAGCCAAGUUCCCAGGCUUGAAAUGUUAAUGGGGCCUCCAACCAGAAGGCAUCUACUAUACUAUUCCAUAGAGCUGAUGCAAUGCUCUUGAUAAGUCACCGUAGGACAUGUUCUGUAGUGAUGAACAUCUUUCUGCCUAGACCUCUCCUCACUUUUUUUCUCUAUUGACCUGCCACUCAAGGCACAGAGCCCUUGGUGGAAGCACAUGUUGAUAAUCUGUUUUAUCAAGGAGUGCUGGGCAAGAGUCCUUUCUAUACUGUGAGCAGAGGAGUAUUUGUGAGUGGAUGGUAAGGAAGAUUUCUUUGUAUAUGUGCAUGGCCUUAGUGUCUCUGGUUUGCAGCUUCUGUAUGGGUCUCCUUGCUAAUAUCUUUGAUCUCACAAGUUUCAGAUUGGCUUUUCCUCGACUCCUGUUCUAAAAAUCAAGUAACAUCCUAAACUAAAACAGUCUUUCCAUUUUCAGAUAUUUAUUAUUAUUAUUUUUGUACAAACCACUAACUCUGCUUCCUGCUGUUGGCAGGUGGGUUUCUGGAAUUGUUUGUUCUCCUGAGUGUUUCUUACAUUUGUAUAAAAUUAAAACAAAU